UAAAAAAAGACAGAGAGAGCAUGAAAAUGCAUCUGCUAAAUAAAUGUGAUUAAGGAAAUGCCGCGUGGGUUUCCCGUGAAUUGCUUUUAAAAGUCUCCCCCACUCCACCCCUCUUCCUUUUCUCUCUGUCUCUCUCUCUCCUUCCAUAAAACCACAUACACCAACGAACACUGUCAAACACUUUGAACUGCAAAAGUUCUUGAUUCUUUAACAGAAAGAAAGAAUUUGAGAGAGUUCAAAUUCUUGUUAGUAUAUCCAUUUUUAUAUUCAGUUACUACUAUGGCGAGCUUUAUGGAAUCAAAUUCAGAUACGUCACAACAAUUCGAUCAUCAAAGAAAGAAGCGGAGAAAACUCACUCACGAUCAAACCUCCUCAUCAAAUUCCAAUAACAAUCAAAUUAUUGCUCAAACAGCAACGAGAUGGAGAACCCAACCAGAGCAACAGAUCUACUCCUCUAAACUUCUCCAAGCUCUUCGCCGAUCUCGCCGGACCGCCUCCGCCGCCGAUGAUGCUGCUGCCGUUUCUCCUGCUGCCAAAGGUAGACAAAUCAGAGAUACUGCUGAUAAAGUUCUCGCCGUCGCUGCUAAAGGUACCACUCGAUGGAGCCGUGCCAUUUUGGCGGGAAAACUCAGGUUGAAGGUUAAAAAGGUUAAAAAAGUGAAGGUCACCGGUGAGAGGAGAAGGGAAGCGGUGAGGGAGAACAAGAGGUUGCCGGCUGUGGAUAAGAAAGUGCGUGUUUUGAGUCGGCUGGUUCCUGGUUGCCGGAAAGCCUCCUUUAGCAAUAUUUUAGAAGAAGCGAGUGACUAUAUUGCGGCUUUGGAGAUGCAGGUUAAAGCUAUGACCGCUCUCACGGAGAUUCUCGCUGCUGGCGGUGGCGGUUCGCCGGUUGACCGCGCAAGUUAAGUGAAUAGCCAGUUACAAACUUUGUUAGUUUAUAUGCCAGGUGUUAUUACAAUUUUUUUAUUUUGUUUUUUUCCUCUCAUUUUGUAUUUUCAUUUUCUUUUAUUAAAUAUUUGUUCCUUUUUUUUCUUUCUUCUUUCCCUUGAUUAUCAAUUCAUGUACCUUAAUGUAUACGGGACCCUUUUUUUUUGUU